GUGGAGGCAACGAUAAGCUGAUAAGGUAACAGUAGUAUCUUCAAGGCUUCAGCACCACAGCAGCCAGCUGGACCAGCAGGCUCCGCUGCACUGCACGGCCAAUUUCCGAUAUCAUGGCGAGAGCUUGCAACCACGCGCUGAGACUGCUGCCCAAUUCCAUCGCCACGCAGCUGGCAUGCAGCGGAGGCAGCACCAGAUGCAGAAACCUCAGCGUCCACGCGCAGCUUUCCACCCAAGACGAUGCUUACACGACCGAGCCGCCACUGAAGAAAGCGCAAGUCACACAGAGCCUCCGGAGGACCCGCCGGAGGGCACCCGGCGGCGCGCGGCAGAGCCUGAUCUCCGUCGGGACGUCGUGCGGCGGAGGUGAUCAGUGGAGCAGCGACAUCGCACUGACGUUGCGGCAGCUGCGACUAGACGACCUGGUCGAAGACGGGCAGAGGGACGCUGAUGUGCUCGUGCACCUUCUUGUCCAGCAGCAUACUCAGUUUGGGAUGUCGAUCAAAGGGCGAGUCCUGACAUCCUUCAGAAAGAUAUGCGAUUCCUGCUCCUUGCCCUACUGCACAAACAUCGAUGAGCACUUCAAUCUCACGGUGCUGUCUUCAACCAGGCGAGACCAGAGUGGACUGCCUGAUCUCGGUGACACUGAUCCAUCGGUCAUCUAUGUCAGACCAGGAGACGAAGUCGAUCUCGACUCGGUAAUCCAAGAGACCGUACGAUUAACUGCGUCCACGAAGAGUUCAUGUUCGGAGACCUGCGAGAAGUCUACAGUUGUAUGGCAAUAUGGUGGUAGCCAGAAGAAGAAGACUUCCAGCCAAAGGUGGUCAAAACUUCUUGAUCUAAAGAAAACCCUGGAUAAAGCGCCUAAGUGAAUUACUUAGUAUGCAUCAGUCAACUGCCAAUGCUGCAUGCAGAGCAAGAGAAUAGUGCUGUAUCAUGAUGCUGGAAUGGAAGUGGCGACAACUUGAACUUGUUCAACCAAGAUGGAAGGUUGGUGGUUUGUAACUCAUUGGCUGUUGGCUAUCCUUUUCUUUUGAACAGAAGAGAGAGGAUUGACCAUCUUAUCUGAAUGGUAUAUACAAUGCGACUCCAUGCCCAGGGACUGGUCAUGUUGAGAACCUAGAUACAGGAUCAUACAUUAUAAGCACAUCAUCAGAGAAUAAAUGUGUGUGUGAACAUAACUACUAUUUGACUGUUUGUAUAAAGCAUUUCAU